AUGGCUGACGAAACAGCUUUAGGUUCGCAGCAGCCUAACUUCAACAUCAUUGCCACCGAGAUACUGAAGAUACCAAAUGCACCUGCAUUCGGCGGCGGUCAGCAACUUCUCGAAGAGCUCCGUGCAAUGAGGGAGCAGUUAACGAGAAACACGACGGAAAUACGACGAGACAUUGCAAAUUUUGGAUGGACUGAAGCACUAACUGUCUUCAACGUGCACAUCAGACACGGCUCGUGCGGCGACGCUCAACCCAACCGGGCCAUCCAGAAGCUCGAGGAUCAGAUCGAGGCCAAUGCGAAACCUCCAUCUCCCGUCACCUCGAAACUCCCUCCUCGGCCGGGGUUUGGCACUCAAGGAAGAGAAGUGUUGUUAUGGACAAAUUAUAUGGCCGUGGCAUCGUCCGCUAGCCUCCUCCUCCAGCGAUACCACAUUGAGAUAGCCCCGGAUUGGGCGGGCAAACAGCCCAAUCGCAAGAGAGUGCGCCGAAUUGUUCAACUGCUCCUGGAGGAUCAUUUGGCCCAACACAAAUCCAAGAUUGCCACCGACUUCAAAUCGACCCUCAUCAGCUCGACCACGCUCGACAUCGUCCGCGACAACUAUGAGGUCGUCUACCGGGUCGAGGGUGAAGACUAUCCCCGGGUCAACGCCAAACACUACCUCAUCCACCUCUUGCACACGGGUUCUUUGACCGUGUCAGAGCUGCUUGAUCAGCUCACUUCCACGAACGCAGGGGCGUUGCUGGAGUCCAAGGGAGAAAUCAUCCAGGCCUUGAACAUUGUUGUUGGACACAAUCCCAAAGCCGCUUCUCAGAUUGCUUCCAUUGGAUCGAAUCGGCAUUAUGCCCUGGACUCAGCAGUCUCUGAGAGACAAUCACUGGGCGCCGGGCUGACCGCCAUUCGCGGGUUUUUCUUCAGUGUUCGAGCAGCGACCGGCCGGCUGCUCAUGAACGUCCAGGUCAAGCAUGCGGCCUUCUAUGACGAUGGCCCGCUCGAUCGAGUCAUGGCCGCGUAUGCCGCAAGCAAUGGCUACCAGAAAGCCAAGUUGGAGAGAUUCAUCAGGAAACUCUCGGUCCAUGUUACGCACAUUGUGCGAAAGAGCUCAGCCGGCCGUCCGAAGCCCAGGAUCAAGGUGAUUGAAGGGCUUGCCACGCCGUGGGACGGAGCUGCGCUAGUACAUCCCCCUCGAAUCUCCGAGUAUGGCGCUGGGGCGAAAGGCGUCGAGUUUUGGCUGGAUGGCCCGGGUGAGGUGUCGGGAUGGGGAUCAGAUCCUGCUCAAUGGAAGAAGGGCUGGAAAGCAGGUCCAGCACCUCCGUCCCGCGGACAUUACAUCAGCGUCUACGACUUCUUCCGCACCCAAUGUAACAUCACCGUGACAGACCCCAACUUACCCGUCGUCAAUGUCGGCAGCAGGGACAGACCAGCCUACCUCCCUGCCCAAGUCUGCAUGGUCGCUCCUGGGCAGCCUUCCCACACACAGUUGAGCCCGGCCCAGACGCAGCAGAUGAUCCGAUUUGCUGUCCGGAAACCAGCACAGAAUGCAAAGUCCAUCGUCACAUCGGGAGCGCAGAUGUUGGCCAUGGGCAACAGCUCCACAUUGGACGCUUUCAACAUCGGCAUCACACCGAGUUUGAUCACUGUCCAGGGCCGUGUGUUAAAUGCUCCCAGUGUGAAGUACGCCGGGCACAAAUCAGCACUGACGCGGUUUGGGAGCUGGAAUAUGCAGCAGGUUCAGUUCACCACGCGGGCAACCCUGAGGUCGUGGACCUAUCUCUGGAUCUCAUACCCGUCGAUGCGUGACCCUUGGCACAACGAAGCCGAAUUGCAAAAAACCCUCAUGGCCUUCACGGCCAAACUUCGAGAGGUGGGCAUCAGCUGCAGCGAGUGCAUGAGAGGGUUGCGGGUGUCGGUCACUCCAGGUAAUGUCGACGCCACGAUCGAUGCAGCACUCCACCGAUUGACAUCCAGCCCAAGCCAGCCUCCGCCAACAUUGGUGCUGGUGAUCCUCCCGGAAUUCAGUACGUCCAUCUACAAUCGGCUCAAGUAUGCCUGCGACGUGAGGGAAGGGCUUAUGAGUGUCAAUGUCCAAGCAGCCAAGUUCGCGAAGCCGCACAACGACCAAUAUUUCGCCAGCGUGGCUUUGAAGAUCAAUGCGAAACUCGGGGGCGUGAACCAGAGUCUGGAACACCCCAAACUGGGCCUCAUAUCCGAGGGCAAGACCAUGGUGGUGGGCAUCGACGUGACUCACCCUUCUCCAGGAUCGUCACCGGCCGCUCCCAGCAUCGUGGGCAUCGUUGCCUCGAUCGACAGAUGGCUCGGACAGUUCCCGGCCGACCUGGCCAUCCAGGCCGCACGACAAGAGAUGGUCACCGGACUUGCCGACUUGAUGAAAGUGCGUCUGGAGACGUGGAAACGGCACAAUGGUGCCUACCCCGAGAAUAUCCUGAUCUAUCGCGACGGAGUAUCCGAGGGGCAGUACAACUCGGUGCUGGAUCACGAACUCCCCGAAGUCCGUGCGGCCUGCACCGCAGUGUAUCCAGUGACCAUGACCCAGCAGGGCUUCCCACGCGUCACGAUUGUGGUGGUAGGGAAGCGGCACCACACUCGGUUCUACCCUACCAAAGCCGAACAGGCGGAUCGAUCGUCCAACCCACAACACGGCACGGUGGUCGAUCGCGGCGUGACCGAGGCGCGUCACUGGGACUUCUACCUGCAGGCGCACACCGCGAUCCAAGGUACGGCACGGCCCGCACAUUACUUCGUCGUCUUGGACGAGAUUUUCCAGCCCGCUCGCAACGUUCCGCCGCCGGGUCUCGUCAAGAACGCCGCCGACGCCCUCGAGGACUUGACGCACAAUAUGUGCUAUCUCUAUGCACGGGCCACCAAGUCCGUCAGUAUCUGUCCGCCCGCGUAUUAUGCGGAUCUGGUGUGUGACCGGGCUCGAUGCUAUUUGAGUGGAUUCUUUGAUCCGUCGGCGGGCGCCGUGAUAGGAGAGGGAGGAGGAGGAGACGGUGAGGCACCAGACCCCAGAUCGGUAAAGAUACACCCCAGACUGCGAGACACUAUGUUUUAUAUUUGA